UGACAAUCACAGAAGACCUUGGAAUCUGCUAGAACGGAAGUAUUCUCCAUAGCCAACGCGCGAGCAGACCCUCACCAGCUCAGUGAAAGUCAGAGACACUGCUUCGUGCAAGAAUGAAGACUUUGCAGACUGCUCUUUUUCUGUUUGUCUUUGUACCUCUGGUAAAUUCAGCACCACCUCUACAGCAAGAAUCACUCCAGUUCUAUGAGUAUGAUACAGAUGUUUCCAUGGGAAGCCUGGUCCAACAAGAUUAUGAAAUGCAAUCCAAGGAUUUAAGAAAGGAUGGAACAAAUGUUUCUCUUGACACUUCUCUAAUACUGCAAGGGGAUGACGGAGAACGCAAUGUGCCACCAACAAAAGACACAAAUUUGCCUACUUGUCUGUUAUGUGUGUGUCUAAGCGGAUCAGUGUACUGUGAGGAAAUAGACAUCGAAGCUGUCCCCCCACUGCCAAAGGAAACAGCCUAUCUCUAUGCACGGUUCAACAAAAUAAAAAGGAUAGCAGUCUCAGAUUUUGCUGACAUUACUACCUUGAGAAGAAUUGAUUUUAGUGGAAAUAGGAUAGAAGAAAUAGAAGAUGGAGCCUUUUCAAAGCUUCUGUUAUUGGAAGAACUUUCUCUUGCUGAAAAUCGACUUAUAAAACUUCCUGUUCUACCUCCCAAACUAACAACAUUUAAUGCAAAUCAAAACAGAAUCAAGAGCAGAGGAAUCAAAGCAAACGCUUUCAAGAAGCUGACAAAUUUGGCCUACCUCUACUUAGGACACAACGCACUGGAAUCUGUUCCCCUUAACUUACCAGAAAGUCUGCGUAUUCUUCACCUGCAGUACAACAACAUCACUACGAUCACCGAUGACACGUUCUGCAAAUCGAACAACACCCGCUACAUCCGCACAAGCAUGGAUGAGAUACGGAUGGAAGGCAACCCAAUCCUCUUGGCAAAGCACGUUAAUGCUUUUAACUGCCUGAGAACACUGCCUGUAGGGACGUACUACUAGCCACGGCUCACGUAAUGGCACAUGCCACGAUUGAAACAUGGUGACAGAAGAUCAUUCUUUUCCCCUUGUUUACACUUUGUAUCCUCUCCCUUACUAAUGCCGUUUGCCUACAGAACCUUCUACUAUCUUGAAAUGUGGCUCUCCUCCAAAUCAAGUAUUUCUAAACAGCCACUUGAUUUAGUGAUUACAGUGUCACCCAUGCUUUCAGAAGCUUCUGUUAAUGGAAGUGUAAAAAUACAUAUAUGCACACAUGUUUUCUCAGCUUUUAUUUCCCCACAUAUCCUUUAUGUGUAGGUAAAAUCAAAAGUAACUGCUUGUUCGCAUUGUUUACCAGUACCCAGAACAAUCCCUGCAUUUUACCUUCACAUCAGAGCACAACAUUCUUUGUGCAAGCCACAGAAGAAAAAUGUCUUAAUUCCAAUCCCAUUUUUUGAAAACAAAACUUUCAGCUGACUUAGAAAAGUGGACUGGAUGAAGUUGCACACAAAGCAAAGUUUGUUUAGAAACAGAACUCCUCAAACCUUAAUUUCAUUAAAUCUUCCUUUGUAAUUUGGUUUGUGGAAAAUGAGUGUAAUUCCUGCUCAGGCUCAGCAUACCAAGAAACAGAGCAAGUGCAACUUUUCAAAGAUGCAUUAUGUCGUCUACUAUUUUGUUUUUAAAAGGUUAGGAGUGUGUGUAUAUAGAUACAAGUAUCUUAUUUUUCACACAACAUAUUUUUCAUUGAAAUAUAUAAAUUUCGCUCAGCUGUACUCAAUUUUUCCAACACCAGCCUCCUGUUUUAACACAACAGUCAAUAUACAGCAUAAUAAGACUCCAGGUAUCUUUGUUAAUAAUAGGUUUAGACCAAGACUUGUUCUACUUAUUUUUCUUUACAAAGAAAUGUGACAACACCAUUAACAGCAAAGACAAAUAUUUUUAGGGGGAAAUAAACAAGAUUAGGGUAAAUGCCAGCACAGAGAAACAGAAGUACCCUUGUACAGCAAUACUUUCAUUCAUUAGGGAACAAAAAAAAAAUGAAGUUAGAUCUUUUGAAUGAAGAAGAAAAAUUUGGCCUAUCAUUAAUCUAAAACUACUGUUAACUUGAAGCAAAUUAAAGUAGUAUCAUUUCACUCAACUACAUUAAGCCAUGCAGCAUUUGGAUAUGUGCAGGCCGCAGUCAGCUCACCUAAAACUAAUUGAAUAGCAUGUUAUCAGUUAUGGCUGCACAGCUCUAGAGCUGACAGCUCAGUUGCAGUUUCUCCACUCAAAUACCUACUGUAAGCGUAUACUUUUCAUAUAAAUGAAUGCCAAGAGUGCCAGUUGCUAUCAGAUCAACCCCAUACUAAUUUUGAAGCUAGUAUAGAUUCCUAAUUUGUAGAAAUAGUUAAGCAAACAACACAUGAUGAUGUAUCACUGCAUCUAGAAUCCUGUUUUUACAAGGUAUUUUGUAUUAUUGUUGUUUAUUUUAUUUAGUUAAGCCUUGAUUUUUUAGUGCUUGUGCUAUGGGGAGUUAAGUGCACACUUAGUUCUCAAACUCAACUGACUUUCAGUCACUUCUCAAGUAACCAUGACAAACUUCAACCACAGACUUACCCUUCUAGAAAGGGAAUGCAAUUAUGCAAUGGAAUGAAUGAAUGUUUUUGCUCUGAACCCAUUACAUAGCAAACUCAGUAUUUUCCAUUUAAAGUUAUUUGGUAUAACAAGACAGUAAUUUCAUUGUCUUAAUACAACUGAGAACAAAACCAGGCCAAACAUCAAGAAUACUAUGUCCCAUGUAAGUCACAAAACUCUGAUGUUUCCAGGUUUGUAGCAAGAGAUUAAAAGUAGACUCAAAGUAUGUAAAAAAAUACAUUCCAAUUCCAAGCCAAAUUUAUAUUAACAAAAAAAACCAAAAAGCCACCAAUUCUCCUAUCCCUCUACUGCGAGAUGCCUAAGAUGGAGAAAACACAGCUAGAAGUGGAAGUGUAGACACAUUACACAAACAGUGCCUUCUGAUCUUAUCACAAACCAUUGUCACUAAAUCAAGCUCUUUCCAGCAUUAAUAGAAUCAGUUAAUAUCAAGAUUUUUCCUCUGUAAACAACUGCUGUGCAUACACAAGUCUAUGCACAUUUAAGUAGUAUGUACACAUGUAAACAUUUGAAGACCUAAUCACUACCACAUUAAUUUUACAUUUGAAUGCUGUAUAUAUUUUUUGAAGUACUAAAUAUCAUCACUAACACUAAUUAACACUUAAAUAUAUUACGUGCAAACCAAAGUAAACAACCUUCUGAAUGCCUCAUGCAGACAACAAAUCAUUUGAGAUAUUGUAAUUUACUUUUCUCAUUCUUGGCAAGUUAAUUCAUCAAAAUAUUACAUGAGAAGGGAUUCAUUAUGCAGGAAUUUUUGCCUUCUGUUUGUAUGACCAGUACUAACAUCAAGUUGAAUGUACACCAAUCUGUUUUUCUCCUGUCACUCUUUUCUGUUCUGUAUUUCCAAUAAAACUUGAAUCUUU